ACCGGAAGGGAGGUGUCACACCGAUACUUUAUAAGCCGCUAUCUUGCAGAAGUGAUACCUUCCGAAACAAGGACACAGGAACUCUAGAGUUAGUGCAUCCCGUUGGGUUGUGGUCUUCAGUCGCCAGCCAGGACGUUUUGAGUUGGGAAUCUAUCUCGUAUGUGGCUGGAUGGACAAGGCAAACCCAUUCAGAGGGAAGGUCCUUUUCCUCUUCAUUGCUACCUCUAUCCUCAUCUUCUUCAUCACUGGGAGAACACCCAGGACAUACAGGUCCAUCCCAAGGCCACGUGGGCCUCUGAACACUUGCCCCUCCCGGGUCUCUGAGCAGACCAUCACCCCCCUCAACAACACCAAGCACUUACUGGUGUCAGCCUACAUGGACCAGAGAGUGAAUGGCUUCGAUAUACGCAUCAUUGGCAUAUUUAGGAGAGACUCCAUCCAGCCCCUUUACUGUUUUUUCUGCUGUGCUGGCCAGUUGUCAACUACAACUCCAACAACAAUUUUACAACAUACAGACAACUUUGGCUUCCCCUUCGUGACUACAGAUGUCAUGUGUCAGAUUCCUCAAAACUGCAACGCUACACAUGUCACUCUUCUGACUCAGCCAGAUAAAGUGAGGGAGUUUAACCAGAUUUGGCUUCCUAUUAGAAACCAGAAGACCAAUGAGAAACAGGAGAAAAACUUGCAGUUCAACUUCACAGUCUGCAUCUCCAACCUGUUUGGAGACUACAACAAUGUGCUUCAGUUUGCACAGACACUGGAGAUGUACAGGCUGUUGGGUGUGAACAGGGUGGUGAUCUAUAACACCAGCUGCGGCCCAGAACUUGACCGCCUGUUGCAGACCUACAGCCAAGAGGGCUUCGUGGAGAUGGUUCCUUGGCCCAUCGACCGGAAUCUGAAUCCAUCUCGUGGCUGGCUCUUCUCAGAGAGCGGUGGGGAUGUGCACUACUUUGGCCAGCUGACCACGCUUAAUGAAUGCAUUUACAGAUCCAUGGACCGGUCCCGCUACGUCAUGCUGAACGACAUAGAUGAGAUUAUAAUGCCCUACCAACACAACGACCUGAUGUCUUUGAUGAACUCGCUCCAACAGCAGCAGCCAAAUACAGGGGUGUUCAAGAUUGAGAACCAUAUCUUCCCCAAGAUUCAUUUUGAGCCAAGUGGGAGGUUUCACCUGCCUCAGUGGAACGGGGUGCCAGGAAUUAAUAUUCUGGAGCACGUCUACAGGGAGGACCCCAACAGAAAUAUAUACCACCCAUACAAGAUGAUAGUUCAGCCAAGGAUGGUGGAGCAGACUUCAGUGCAUGAAGUGCUCAAGGCUUUCGGACAACAGUACAAGGUUCCACUAGACGUUUGUCGGAUCAUUCACGUCCGCGUGGCUCUGCAGGGGGGGUUAACACUGGAGCAGCUCAAUGUGGACAAACGACUGUGGGACUUCAGCAAUCAACUGAUUCCCAAUGUGGACAGAGAACUGAAGAGGGCUGGGCUGCUAAGCUCAGAGGGGCAGAGCUGAUGGACAAACAGUCCGACUAUGGAUGUACACCCUCGCCAGUGGGGACAUUUAAUAACAUCCUGGUUAAAUCUGGGCAUGGGAUCUGAGUGGUGGUUUUGGUUGUAAUUUGUUUUCUGAAAUGCUGUCUUCUACACUGAUUUUAAAUGCUGCUCAAUAUAUGAAGAAUUCUAAACUUUUGAAGAACUGUAGAUUCACUGCGUGCUAUGAGUGUGACUAACUGGUCGUAACCAAUUGCACCACCCCUCCAACUGAAUAAUUUUGAGUCUGGACCAAAAUGGUGGACCGACAGACUGACACUGUCAUCCCCUGAGCCAUGCCGCAUGCUCUGCUUAAAAAACCCUAAUCAAUACUGGAUAUAGUGGAAAACAUUGUAAAAGCUUUUGUGCAGUCAAACUGUAUUUUCUCACUAAUGAACUGACAAGAAGAGGGUUAAGGUUACACGAGGGCAGUUUGUGGUCAUGUCAGUAACUUAAUCAAAUGUACACUGGCAAGCUAUUCUUCUUCAUUUGAAGGGCCUGAAAGUUGUUAUGCAAUUAUGUGCCACUAAGUGUAGAAUUUUUGUGUAAUUGAAGUAUCCUGAAUUAUUCUGAUAGCAUGAUGGCUUUUUGUUUUAGAAAAUUAGUGGGGUUUAUGUGUGUUUCACCUCCAUUCCAACUCGGAAGAUUAUUUUUGUGCAGCAAUUACUUUUUUUGUGUGUCUCUGUUCAGUCACUGCUGUCACAUGGACUCUCCAGGGUGUUUGGGCUAAAACAGUCUUAGGGUGACCAAAUAAAAAUUGAAAGUUUCUUGAAGAACCCAAGUGAUAAGAUAGUGAGGGGUAUGCUUUUGAUUAAAGGGAUGUUCAUAUGUUUAUUUUUCUAUUUAUUAGCGAAAUCCAUUCUCUGCAUUUAACCCAUCCCUCAAGGGGGCAGUGGACAGGAAACCCAUGAGAACAUGCAAACUCCACACAAAAAGGUUGGGAAGAUAGGGGUUUGAACCCACAACCUUCUUACUAUGAGGCCACAGUGCUAUCCAGCUGCAUUAAGAACACAUGUAUGACCUGACCUUAUUUUUUCAAAUAACCUGUUUACCUUUUAAAAUAUAAUUACACAAUUACAUGUUUUGACACUGAUUUUUCUUCAUGUUGAAGGAUCUGAACUUCUAGAAAUGAGUAAAAGGUUCUGAACUGUAGAGAUCGUUACCUUUACUGAACUCUGCAGCAGGUCACAGUGACAUUAAUAAUACAAUUUCCUAUUUCUAAUCGGUAAUUGUAUUAUAUUAUCAUUGAUCUUUUGUUACAUGCCAAAUAUGUGUCAAAAAAACUUUGUAGUUUUUAUGUCAAAAUCCCAGUUAAAUGUGAUUUUGGGGUGACUAGCUAACCCCACUAAUCAUGUAAAGCUGCUUUGUCAUGUAAAUGCUUCACCCAGGAGUGAACCAGAAUUUAAAAGUUAAUUGAUUAAAGCAGGGUUUUCGGUUUUCUCAAAAUGUUCUUUAGCUUCCGCCCACCGUUAGAGAUGGAAGUCACAAAAUUAUGCCUUAGUUAACAUCUACCUUUAAGUUUGUCAAAGAAUCACAUGCAGUUCUUAAGCUUUUGUACUGAUGAUUGUACGGGCCAAUCCAAGCAGUAGAUGUGCUACAGUUGUGAGUCAUGUAACAUCUCUUCCGCCAAUGGGAAAUAUUUGGUUCUUAAGCUGCUCCACACUCCAUUACGUUCACCAGCUUGUUGCUAACUUUUUCUGUAUGCCAUUUGGUGAUGAGCAGGUGCAGUGCACAGUGGGUUUCUCGUUAGCCAUUUUACUGAAAACAGCUGUGAGUGUUGUUAAGGCCGCCACUGGCUGCCUUUAGAGUAGUUGUGUUUUGGAGUUCUCUGAGCUGUAUGCAAAUCCCCACGGCAAGCACCUGUCGAGGAUUGGUUCCCCUGGACCUGGAACCACCCACUUCCUGGUUGCUGUUUGCUGGCGUCUGAUUGGUGUGGCUGAGGAUCCUACCGAACCUGCCAACCAGAACUCACCAAUCAACUCCAGCUGGCCUACAAAUAGUUUGUGUUCCUGCAGUUCGAGGGGACUGUGAGCCAGUGAUCAGUUUGCCUUGUUGUUGGUUGUGUACCCCUGUGAAUGUCUUGAGUGUUUAAAUCUGAUCUGUUUGUCGGUUGCCGGCUUAGGUGACUCUUGUCAGUAAAAACCUUUGUGAACUAGAGUGUGAGUGGCACCCUUUAAGGGGGAAAAUUGUUUGUUUGGUUACACUACAUUCCUGUACAGCAUGUAGGUACUGACCUCCUUUUGUUAAGUGUUUUUUUUGUCAGUACCUACAUAGCCUCCUUUUGUUGUGUUUUUUUUGGAGACAACUCAUUUAAUUAAACUUCGACUCAACCUGAAUUCAGUUGUCCUUACCACCUUAAUUUAACCCAAA